CCUCCUCUGCCUCUAUGGACCAGCCUCCUCUGUCAUGGAUGCUAGCCGGCUUAGCCAAGGUAGCCUGUAUACUCUGGUGACCCUGUAGUGUCGCUGCCGUCAGAAUGACAAAUGAGAGACCCAUAACACUGACCGAGUGCAACAUUAUUAUUAAAAUAUGCUCCUCUAUCUCUGUAGUGAAAUGAUACUGCAUCUUAACUGUGACCAAUUUGUGACCCCAAAACUGAGGUAUAUACCAAACAACAUGAUCAGCUCAAUGCUUUCAGACAAAUACUAGAGCUGCUGUCUUCAAAGCUGCAGCACCACGAUUUAGGGAACUUCCAAAACAUCCCAUCUAGGCUGGAGGAGCAAGGGAAGUAAUGUGCACGCUACACAGAGCAGACUGAAAAUGUCUGGUCAGACUUUGACAAACACUCUCAAGACUUUGCUCUACUCGAGCCGAUGGCUAUAUUCAUGUGCUUUCUGUUUGGAGACGACACUGAGGUUGAUUUCCUGGCCUCAAAAAUCACUUUCAUAUGAACUUGUCUGCGCUGGAGAUCUUUUCACUGCAGGCUGACAUUCAGUUGAACUCCUGGGCCCAUGCCGGACAGUUUUGGAACUUACUUAUGGAGGAAAAGUGUCCAAACAUGAGGAAAUGUGCUGCUUCAUUGACUGCAUUUUUUGGCUUGACUUAUUUAUGUGAGUCAGCCUUUUCCCACAUGAAGAUUAUUAAGUCCAAAUACUGUUCCACCAUGUCUGAUGAUCAUUUGGAGGCCUGCUUGAGACUAGCUACCAGCAGAUACUUUCCGGAAUAUGCAACCCUGGCUGACUCCAUUUAGUGCAAGUCAUCAGAAUAAGGCAGGUCAGGAGCAGGGUCAACUGCAGACAGCACUCUGGAGCUGGAGUCAAUGUCCAGCUGAAAAAUCACAGAGGGGUGUCCUUGUUGGAUUCCGGGACAGGAACACAACUUCCUCUGCUGCAGCAACAACCUAACUGAAAGCACAUACGGAAAGUCUGCGUCAGUGCACCAUGGAGAGAGACGCUGUGGUGUUGGCCCGCAGAAGCCCCCCUAUACCAGAGUACAACACCUCAACCUCCACCUUGGCCUUCGACCAGCAUUUCACCAUGACUGCCAAAGGAAUACUUCUCAUGGCUGAGAUAGUCUUUGGUAUGUUGGUGUGGAUUCUGGUAGGGGGCACAGAGUAUUCGUCUCUGCCUGCUCUCUGCUGGGUGAUGUUUGUUUCCAUCUUGUGCUGGGUUCUGACCAUUUGCCUGUUUAUAAUUUACCUCACUGGAGUCCACAACAGGAUACCACAGGUCCCCUGGACUACAGUGUCACUGUGUGUGCACGGUGGUGCUACAGUUUUGUACCUGGUGACAGCAGUUAUUGACGCUCUCUCAGUCACGCAGGCCAUAAGGGGGCGACACAACUACAACUGCUGGGCAGCAUCUGCAUUCUUUGCUUUUCUGACCACACUGUGCUAUGCAGGAAGUAGCUGCCUGAGCUACCGUGACUGGAAAACCACAGAGGAGGAGCAGUAAUCUCAUUACUUCUCGUUUGAAGGCAACAUUGCUCACACUUUCUCUGAGGAGCAUGUCCGUCAGAGAGAUCCAUCCUGAUUCUCUUGAAGUCAAAUUAAAACUUGUACAGCAUUAUAAUCAGUUUGUCGUGGUCAUAAUGAAAAACCUUUGUUGUAUGUCACAUGGAAGCAGAGGGGGACACUUGCUCUCAAAUUGUGCAAUGAUGAAAAAUGAUCAUGAGCAUGGUUGUUGUUGUAUGUUUCAGGCCGUAUGUACUAUAGUAGUGUCUUGCAUGAGACUCAGAAACAUGGAUAAGUUUUGUGAUACAAACCUUUUCAUAUUCUUUGUCUUAAAUCUUUGUUAAAUUAUUUUCUUCAUGAUUAUUAAAGCUGAAGAUGCUUUUGUUCAGGUGUUUUAUGGAUUUUAUUUGAUUUCCACAACAUUGUUAUCACAAAGGGAAAAGAAAUACAGAAGUAUGUUACAUGCAAGAAAAUUAUAUAUUGCUGUAUGUAUAACAUAGCACAGACUGAGCAUUUGACACAUUUCUCCAACAUUAGAAAUAAAAUCAUGUGUAUAUAAUCUCAUCCCUAUAAUAGGCAUUCCUAAAAAUACAUGUUAAUUUUAUUUAAUUUUAAAAGUGCAAAAUGUGCAAAAUGCUUUUCACUUAAUGGCCCUUCAUGUGAUAUAUGAUAAAGUUUUGGCUGUCAUACAUGACCUGCAAUUUUAUUUUUUAUAAACCAUUGUCAUAGACACAAUUUUCCAGUGAUUUUGAU